ACAGCUGACGCCGACUCUGCCGCUUAUGCCGCCGCUGCUGCUCAGUGUCUGCGCGCCUCCGUCGGACCCCAGAGGAAGGCAAUGGACUGUUAACGUGGGACCCCCGCGUCGGACCCCAGCCGUCGACCCCCCCCCACUCUCCCCCACUGACACUUUGUAUCAAUCGACUGAGCGCGAGGCGGGCUGAGAGGAAGAGGACCGCGGCGGCGGGGAGAGAAUGAUGCGGUUCAUGCUGCUGUUCAGCCGACAGGGCAAGCUGCGCCUGCAGAAGUGGUACACGGCCACGGCGGAGCGGGACAAGAAGAAGAUGGUGCGGGAGCUGAUGCAGGUGGUGCUAGCCCGCAAGCCCAAGAUGUGCAGCUUCCUCGAGUGGAGGGACCUGAAGAUCGUCUACAAGAGGUACGCCAGCCUGUACUUCUGCUGUGCGGUGGAGGAGCAGGACAACGAGCUCAUCACCCUGGAGGUCAUCCACCGCUUCGUGGAGCUGCUGGACAAGUACUUUGGCAGCGUGUGCGAGCUGGACAUCAUCUUUAACUUCGAGAAGGCCUACUUCAUCCUGGAUGAGUUCCUGAUGGGCGGAGAGAUCCAGGACACGUCGAAAAAGAGCGUCCUCAAGGCCAUCGAACAGGCGGACCUUCUGCAAGAGGAGGACGAGUCCCCCCGCAGUGUGCUGGAGGAGAUGGGCCUGGCCUAGUGCCUCUCUCCCUCCACACACCGGCCCAUCACCGGGGCCACAGUGGCUGGAGGUUCUCUGGAUGCCUAGACGGGGGCCAGGUGACAAAGACUUUGGCACCAGGGUGGUCAUGGGGGGGGGGGGGGGGGGGGGUGUAGGCUCGGGAAACUUCCACACAACAUGCUCUGCUUUUGACUAUAGAACACUCACACUCACACUCACACACACACACGCACACACACACACACACACACACACACGCACACACACACUGGUAUAAAGCUCUUGACCGGGGGUAAGGUGGUGGGCAGUGGGAGGGCCCCUCUUACCACUUGAGAGGUGUUUCUACUGACCGCUCUGUUCCAAGUCUACUUUGUGUUCAGCCAGAGGUUGCAUGGGUUGCUGCCGGUUCCGUGGUUAAAUCUUGACGUCCUUAAGAUAAUCAACAGGUGGUAAUGCUCUGAGGACAACAUGACCGAGGGACUCAAAGGGAAUAAUUUAUUCAGAGGUUUUAUGAGGGAUUCUAAAGGGCUUCCUCCUUUUGGCUAACUGACAGUUGGCCACUACCUGGUCGAGGGCGAAUUUUUAACCUUUAACUGUUGUCUUUCCUUGUUGUAAUAGCCGUGAUUCAAAAGGUUAAAGUACAUCCCAGGCGUGAUUCAGUCGACUAAAGGCCGGUUCUCAAACGGUUCCUGGAUCUGGUCUCCUAGAGCCGCACCUGGCUAGCGUAGUUUUAAACUUUAAGGACGUCAACAAACUCACGACUGUAGGGGUACUGACUGUAUUAUAGUCCCUUCACCUCCGUCUCUGCUUAAUACCAGUGCUACCACAGCGAGGAACCUCCUGUCGACUACUUGAAAUCAACGUUCCUUAAAUCUUCUUCAAAACUUAAGUCUCGUUUCGCUGGGCUCAGUCCGAUGGGAUGUAAAGCCAACCGUAUCGGGUAACCGUGAGGUUUAAACGUUAUUUUAUACCAACGAUAUAAAUACAGAGGAACUGACAUUCAAAUCCGUGAUUGACAGGUCUGUCUUUGACCCCCAGUGAACGAUGACAUCACCCCAUUACCCGUCUCCCAACGGGGCGACUCAAACCGUUGCGUGAUUGGUUUUCUAUCUGCUUGUGAUUGUAUGCAAGUGGUGACCAAACCUUUGCAUUAACUUUUGAAGUCGCAAUGCACUCAUCAGCAUCUUCAAGUAAAUACAUGGAUUAUAGUAAUCACACUUCGAGUUAUUUUGAAAUACACUCGAUGUCUAUUUAUUGUGCCUGUGUAUACGAAUUGCAUAUAACGACAUGUUUGGUAGAGACACUCUUAGAUUAAUUGCAGAUUGUUCCGGUUAUCGCUCUGCAAGGAGAUCAAUAAUCGACUGUUUCCACGCGAGAGCAGCAGUAGACAUUCACUGCCCGCGGUCAUGGGAGUGGACCCAGGACGUACCUCACGUACCUCGGCCCCUCCCCUUUCUCGGACACACCUUUUGAGGUUGAGAGUUGGAGAUCCCAUCUCUCCCCAGCGUGUCCGAGCAGGUACGACUGGCUCACCACACAGAGACUUGAGCUCAGUUGGUCUAGUGGGCUGUGAACCUUUCCCUUUUUGUGGUUGUGUUCAGCGCACUUUGCGCUACUCGCAGGAUGCGACCCAUUUCCUGAUUUUAGAAAAAUUGAAUUUUGUUUGAACAUAUAUCCUUGAAUGAAUUCACAAAAUUGUACUCUCAAUAAUGUUUUAAUCGUGUUUUAAAAGUUUCAAUAAUGUACAAUGGAGUUUAGGGGCAAUAAUGACAAUGAUAUAUUGCUAUAGCUGUACUUAUUCAAUAUAUACAUUACCGAGAAAACGAUCAUCAUGUCUUGCUUUGCAUCCAUGUUUUAUUUUUGCUUACGUAGGUUAUUUUGGUUUCUGGGUUUCUUAGGAGUGUGUUUUCAUGACGCAGUGUGUGCUUUUUGUGGAGUUUUUUUUCGCAGUUUUCGAUCCUGUCUAUAGAAGGUGCAUUGUGUUGAGGUGUAACUAGAACAUUGGGACAACGCAGGCGUGGAGGAGGUGUGGGUCAGCAGGGAGGCCGCCGUGGCAGAAACACUCUUGCCUCGGUGGCUUGGCCUGCUGAAACGGCCUCUCUGGCCACCAUGGGAAAAGGAAUUGUAGUGCAAUAUAUAAAAGUAGUGUCUGACUGCGCGCUCCCGUGGAGUUAGUCCUGACGGGCAGAGCAGCGUGGGUCCUCGCCCCCAACGGGGAGCAGGAAGUGUGGGACAAUCCCGCGGUCCUGCGCUCUGGAAUGCUCACCGCGGAGACAAAAGCCUCGCCCCCGACCGCCGGUCGCUCCACCCCCCCCCCCGCUGCGCUCUGAAUGUCAAGCGGCCGUUUCCAAGAAUUUAAUAAGGGCUCAGUGUGAACUCGUGACCUUGAAAUGUGGCGGCUACACGCCGGCGGACUUUCUACCAAAUGACAUCUGCAGCGCAUUUUGAAAUGAGUCAGUUUUGAACGGACGUAUCUUCACGUUGGGCAGCCAAUCAGCUGUGUCCUUUGGUCGCUACACCCUGGUGAUAAACCAGUCUCGUAGUGUCAGGAGGUCACGGACUAACCAUACUGUUCCCGCCUUGCCUUGUCCAACCGCUCAGACGAUGUGAAACUUUUUUUUUCACAUGUGAGAAUGUGAAAAAAAAUCGUAGUGCUCGAUGCUUAACGUACUUCACCUGACUGGACGGUCCCACACCUCAAGCCGCCAGUAGGGGGAGCUAUACUCUGGCUGUCUUCUACCUACUGGGACAAUCAUUCAACGGACCGACCAAGUUUAUAACUGGAGAGGAAACAUUCUCUUUGGGAGAAAAAUAACAUACAUCUUGAAUCACUUUUAUGUAAAAUGCGUUGCAGUGUAAAUUCUUAGGAUGCAGAAUUCAUUACUCUUACUCCAGUUUUCUUGUGGAGAAGUCGAUACCACGGUAUGCAAAUGCAUCAACCGCUAUAGGGAAAAGGUUGGGCGACAUUCACACGAAGAUGUAAAAUAUGUGGGGUCCUUUCUAUAUAAUCAUUUACUAUUGGUUUCCUUAUUUGGCGCACUCUACCUGGUUAUCUGCUUUCCAGUGUGUGUGUGUGUGUGUGUGUGUGUGUGUGUGUGUGUGUGUGUGUGUGUGUGUGUGUGUGUGUGUGUGUGUGUGUGUGUGUGUGUGUGUGUGUGUGUUAAAACAACAAGUGUCUUUAUGUAAUCGUUAACUUUGCUUUGUCAUUACUUUUUGUAACGCCAUGGAAGACUAAUUAAAAAGGGAUAAUCUUUACACUCGGAUGCAGUGAAUACUAUUUCGCCUCCUUUGUUUAUGACAUACAUGUUGGUAAUUGUUGCCUUUGUAGGAUGCUUAAUGUAUUUUAAGUGUUAACCCUGAACAUAUUUUCAAUGUUUUAUCUUUCUUUGGUUUAUAGGUACAACUUUAUUUCGAUCCACUAGUUUUACCGACUGUUUUAAUAGUGUCCCUUCCUGUCUGCUGCUGGGCCGUCGAUCUCUUCACCUCAUGAAGGAGGGACUCGGGAUUCAUUCAUUCAUUCAAUGGUUUUCCUGACCGUGUGGACAAGCACUACAGGCCAUACAAGUGCACUGUUUUCUCAUUCAUCUCCGACCGAGAGUGGCGGGGGGAGAGAGAGUUGGGGGAGAGAGAAAGUGGGAGAGAGUUUAGGAAAGCUGGGUUUCAAGGAUGAGCUUCUUUGAGGGUUUACACGGUCCAUAUUGAACGCCGGUUCAGCACGUGAUCAAUUUAUUAAUUAGCCAUGAGCCAAUUAAUCAAUUGAUCCUGUUACCGGGACAGAUGAGCCUAUGAUCUGUCGCGGCAACAGGCUCAUGCUAAAUUAUUAAUUGUUUUUUGGCCACCUUUUUCAGUUUGCAAGGCGACAUCCAUCUCUAGUACGAAGUGUGAAGUGAACCUGAUUGAAAAGCAAAUCCAUCGCUGAGUGACCAUCGCUCGUUGUGUUGGGGCAACGACCCUGUGUUGUGUUCACUUCUCACUGGUCAACGACUUAACAAUCUCUGAAGCUCUCGAACAUGACUCAACCUUUGAAUGUAAAUUUAUACUGACAUUAAAUACGGUUUUAAACGAA